AUGCCGAAAGUCCAGUUAUCGCCAUCCCAACUGACCAGCCCCGAGAACGAAUUCGGCCUUUACAUGGCCUUUCCGUCGCCGUCUAUUGUUCAGCAUAUUGAGAUCAAUAAGAUAAGAUACCCGAAGCCUAUAAGAAAGCUUCCAUCGCUCCACCGGAAGCAGUCAGAGGCAAGCCUGUGUAACUCGAGUGAUGGAAAGAAAAGGAAGAGCAAGAGUGCUCCUUAUCGCGAUGCACAGUAUGAAGCGUUACUUGCACCUGAAGGGGGUUACAUGUUUGAUUUUGAUCCUAGCGACGGGCCGAAGAGCAACGAGUACCUUUGCCGCACCUUAUUAGAAAUGGACCGGUCCGUUCCCCCAAACUCAUUAUUUUCCGACGACAAAUUUGAAAAACAUUGCCAGGAGCUGGAAGGUCGGAAUGAGGUCAUGAUCACCCAAGAUAUCAGUCGAUUGAAUGUCCCAUCAACAAAAGAUCUGGCAUCAUUAUGGCGUUAG